AUCCAUAUCUUUUGUCAUAUCUUUCGACACUUUGAUAUAAAAGCAAGAUCAGUACAUUUCAUCAGACAUUUUACUUCUUAAAAACAUUACAUUCUCAUUCACGAAAAAGAGUGAAAGAAGGGAAACAUGGCCAUGCAAUCCGCAAGACAAAGGUUCCUCAGCAUCGUGAGAGAAUCGGAAAAGAGAAGAUUUCUGACGUCCCAGCAAGUGAUCGAUCGUGACAACAAGUACGGCGGAAUUCACUUCAAACCGCUGCCGGUUGUCCUAACCCGAGGGGAAGGAGUUUUCGUGUGGGAUAUCGAAGGCAAACGUUACCUCGACUUCCUGGCGGGAUUCUCGACCGUGAACCAAGGCCACUGUCAUCCGCGUCUGGUGAAGGUCAUGAGGGAGCAGGCCGGAAAGCUGGCGCACACGUCGAGAGCUUUCUACACGGAGCCUCACGGCGAAUUGGGGGAAUAUUUGACGAAGCUUCUGAAAUGGGAUCGGUUUCUGCCCAUGAACACAGGUGUCGAGGCUGGCGACACGGCUAUCAAAAUAGCCAGACGCUGGGGAUACAGGGUGAAAAAGGUGCAGAGCAACAAGGCCACGGUUGUGUUCGCCAAUGGGAACUUCUGGGGUCGCUCGAUAGCGGCUUUGUCAUCCUCGUCGGAUCCGAAUUUGUACACGGAUUUCGGACCCUAUGUGCCUCUCUUCGAACGGGUACCGUACAACGAUGUGGUCGCUCUGGAGCAGAUGUUUAAGAAUGAUCCCAACAUCGUCGCGUUUAUGGUGGAACCUAUUCAAGGGGAGGGAGGCGUCGUUGUGCCGACUGACGGCUAUCUGAAACGCGUGAGAGAACUGUGCACGAAGUACAACGUUCUGUGGAUCGUCGACGAGGUGCAGACCGGUCUUUGCAGAACCGGCACGCGUUUAGCGGUCGAUCAUGAGGGCGUCAAGCCGGAUAUUCUUGUUCUGGGAAAGGCUUUGUCCGGUGGCAUGUAUCCAGUUUCCGGUGUUCUGGCGAAUGAUGAGAUAAUGCUCUGUUUGGAAACGGGCUCGCAUGGAAGUACGUUCGGUGGGAGUCCGCUCGGGAACAGAGUCGCCUUGGAGGCGGUCAAGAUCCUGGAAGAGGAGAAUCUGGCGGAGAACGCGAAGAAACUCGGAAAGAUACUCAGAGAGGAACUGAGCAAGCUGCCGAAAGAAAUCGUGACGGAAUUUCGCGGACGCGGUCUUCUGGCCGGUCUUGUGAUCAACAAAGAAUACGCUGAGGGUUGGGAUAUCUGUUUGAAAUUGAGAGAUGCCGGACUGCUAUCGAGACCCGCACACGGUCAAAUCAUCAGAAUAUCGCCCCCGUUGACUAUCACUGAGGAACAACUGCGAGAAGGAAUAGACAUUCUCACAACGGUCCUCAAAAAUUACAAAUGAACGAAUCAAAUUUCGCUGGAAUAAAAAUAUUUGUACGGUAUUUUUCAUCUGGUCAAAAAAAAAAAAAAAAAAAACAUUUGUAAGAUCUUUGAGUUUGGAUCAGAAAGAUUUAUGGAUACUUGGAACGGAAUCGGAAAUUGUGAUUUUUGUAAAAGAAUAAAAAUAAUUGCAGUUCCCCAGAA